UCUAUAAACUAUGACAGAAAUGCGAAAGGAAGUGUUAGGUUUCGUACCUCAGUUUCUAUUUCAAUAAAUUAAGAAAAAUAUUUAAGUAAAUCGGUCAGUUUUGUUAUAGUUUAACCCAUAAAAAGGGCUCGUCCUGAGUGGUCCUCAGCGGUCCUGGGCGUCUUGGGUGUUUUGGGUGACCUGAGCGUUCGAGUGGUGUUACUGAAGUUACUGAAUAACGGGUAUUAAUAUGGCGACAGGAACGUGCAAUGAAAGUGCAGGUGACAUUUCCCACCUUAAAAAACAACUUGCUGUUGCAAGAAAUGAAAUUCACAACCUAAGACAACAGAUCAAGGCUCUUGGCCAUAAUCAUCAGAAGGAGGUGGAACGAAUACAAAAUAUGCUAGAUUCCUGGCAAUGCCGAAGCUGUACCUCUUCUACAGUGCCCACAAGAAUACCUGAAGAUGGAGUUUCUCUGAGGCCAAUUGGGGUGAUAUCUACAUGGUUUCCAGAGAAGAAGGGAGUUCCACGUCAACCAGGCAUCUGUGUAAAUAGCCAGGGCAAACUAGCCCUCUUCAACUCAGUGUUCACAAAUCCAGAACAUGCUCUGGAAGGAUUGGAAGGCUUCUCACACAUGUGGAUUCUGUACCACUUCCACAAGAAUGAUUCUAGUCAUGUGCGUGCUAAGGUGUCACCUCCCCGCCUGAAUGGUGCCCGCACUGGAGUCUUUGGUACUCGCUCCCCUCACAGACCAUCACCCAUUGGCUUGUCCCUAGUGGCUAUUAACAGAGUUGAAGGAUCUUCAGUUUACUUCUGUGGUGUAGAUAUGGUUGAUGGCACCCCAGUGCUUGAUAUUAAGCCAUAUAUUCCACAGUAUGACAACCCACUCCAUUGUAGAUCCUCAAAUUUGAGACUUCUGGAUGGGAGGGAGGCUGAAGAACCAAUGGGGACCUCACCUGGUGAUGCAGUAACAUGCACAGCUCAGCCUGCACGACCUGAAAGUCGAAUUGGAGAGAGAGAGGCUCCAGAUGGAGAAGAGGGUGCCCAACCAUCUGUGGUACCUCCAGUGGGAACGCAGAGUGAGAGAACACAGGUUCGUAUCCCUUCCUGGAUCACACAGCCACCUGUCUGCAAGCUGAAUGUCACAUUUAACGAUCGAGCAAAGGCUCAGCUGGAGAAUAUAGAGAGAGAGACUCAAAAUGGGGAGAAUCUAGAAGCUUCUAUCCGGAGCAUACUGCAAGAAGACCCACGCUCAGUGUACAUGCGUGAGCGGUGGGGCAACCAGUUUUAUACAUUCCUUAUAUGUAACUUGCAUGUGAGCUGUAAGUUUGACGACUCUGCACAUACUGUCGCAGUGUUCCAGGUUAAGUCUGCAGGGAAGCUGUGUGAGUGUGGCCAGCCUGAAUGGCAGUGCAGUGCACAUGGCGAAUCUUAAUUAAUGUAGUUGUUUGCUUGCCUGAUUUUCUGAUAAGAUCUCUUUUAUAAGCUAUAGGUGAAAUCUGCUUGUCUGUAUAUGUCGAAUCCUGUAAAAAUAAACAUUAUAUAUUCUAAGAUA